ACUCUUCGGUUGGAUUUCGAUCCCUUUUCAAAUAUGGACGUUUCUGACGAACAGAGGAUUGUCCUCUUGGGAAAAACUGGAUCUGGGAAAAGCAGCUUGGCUAAUACCAUAUUUGGAGAAGAGGUCUUCAAGAUAAACCAUUCGUCCAUUUCUGAAUCGAGUCUUUCACAACGAGAAACCAGGUCUGUCGAUGGCAGGAACCUCACUGUGAUUGACUCUCACAGUGUUUUUGACACAUGUGGCUCUGAAGUCCUGCUUAAGAAAGAGAUGGAGAGGUGCAUCACUGAGUGUGAUCCUGGACCUCAUGGUUUUCUCAUUGUUCUUAAAGUUGAGAAAUUCACACAACAGGAGAAAGAUGUGAUCAAAGAAAUAUGUGAACAGUUCUCCGAAGAUGCUCUGAAAUUUGCUGCCAUUGUCUUCACCUUUGGAGAACAGCUCCCAGACGGAUGGAGAAUUGAGGACUUUGUCCAGUGCAAUGAAGAACUAAGCUCACUGGUGAAAAACUGUGGAGGCAGGUGCCAUGUUGUUGACAAUAAAUACUGGAAUCGUAACACAGGAGACAUUUACAGAAACAAUCAGAUUCAAGUGGCAGAGAUACUGAGAACAAUAGACAAGAUUAGUGAGGCAAAUGGUGGAAUGUACUACACUAAUGAGAUGCUGCAAGCAGUCAAAAAGCACAUAGAGAUAGAGGAGGAAAAAAUUAGACAGUCAACCAAUCAGUCACCAAAUGACACUAGAGACAGGGCUAAAAGUACAGUGCCUAAUGGGUUAAUGAUACUGAUAGUGGGUUCUGCAACAGGUGCAAUGGUAGGGGCCUUUCGUGGUAAUUCAACUCCUCAAGACGCUCUUUAUGGAGCCUUAAAGGGAAGUCAGCUGGGAUACAUUGCAGCUGCAGAAGCAAAAACUGUAGUGGAUGCAAUUCUCAAAGCCGCACAAGCUGCUUUGUUGGGUGAGUGUAAAAAAUAAAAACCAAGAGAAAGACUCAAAGAACAAAGGGAAACCUGUGACAAAAUUAUUAUUUUCUUGUUUAAAUGUGUUGAACAUUGAAAGCAGUGUAAAAGAUGGAGAUUUGACCUAAUAGGAGAUUCCUCUAGCAAUAGAUGUGUUAUAUAGAUAUAAUUUACUUUUUGAUUGCUUCUUUUUAGUUGCUUUAAGCACCACACUGGAAAAUCAUAGUAACAUAAACACAUUAGGUAGGUGGCGCUAAAGUGUAUAAUAGGUUAGUAAAGGAGAGCCGGUGUGGAAAGAAAAAAAACAAGGGCCUGAGUUGUUCCAUUACAUAUUUUAGAGCUGCAGAUAUAUAGUAAACACCUAAAGAUAAUUACACCCAACAAUACUUAAGGGGAAUUUUGAGAUACACAGGAAAAUAUAUAGCUGCUUUGCAGCUACUAUUCAAUGUUUAUUAAAAUUAAUUUAAUUGUUUUGUUUUGUCUUUAGAAUUGCUCUUUGCAAUGUUUUAAUUGAACAAAAAAAGGGUGUGUGUUUAACUGUGUUUCUUAAUA